GGGUUGUCCAAGUUGUCGAGUGUUGGAUGUUCAGCUGCCUGAAAUUGAAUGAUAGGGUUGAUGCUUGGUGGACGGAAAAAUUUUCUCACGGAUAAUUUGCCACCCGCUUCAGGUCUUGUCGAAGGUUGAUCCACGACUGGAUUGCAGCGUGGUGCGCAGCUCGCAGUAUGGCGUCAUCUUCGUCUCCAGCGAGGGGGGAAGCAGAUCGUCGAACCAAUGACUUCUGUGAAAUGUUGCAACACUGUUUCAUCACGGGAGAGGAGAACGAAGCACAGGCGGGGCAGUAUAUCAGGACUCAUCGGGAUGAAAAUGAGGACAUGGUGGUUGUUGACUUGGAGCCGCGUGCGGCGGACAUGACGGUGGGUUACCUCAAACAACAUGGAGUUCUGGUGGUUUUCCACGGUCCCGGUGCAGAUACCUCGUUUGUCAAGAAGGAGGAAUGGUUACGCUCGAUGGAGGUUGGAUGGGAUUUGGCCUGUGCUCAUGACCUUCAUGGCAGAAUCAAGCCAGAGGGAGCAAAUAUGAUAUCGUACUUGGCGCCGAACCAUGUGCUUAGAGAUUGGUUAAUCAAUACGCUGCAGAAACGGGACAAUGCGCUUGUGGAUGGCAAACAAUGCAGCGUCCAGUUUCGGCCGUGGGCAACGCCUUCCGAACAGGUGGCGAUAAGGCAGCAGGCGCAGGACAAAUUUUCUUGGAUCAGGGUGUUGCGAGUUCCUUUUUUGGCGAUGCCCUUCUUAAAAUCGACAGUGAUUAAGGAGUUUGGCCAGGUGCUCAAAGACUUUCCUCCGGAAAAGAACAAGGCUACACCGAGGCUCGUUAACAGGAGAUGGUAUGGACACGAAACGGGGUCUACUGAGUGCCCCAAGCGUGGCCGUCAAGAAGGACUGUCCUACGCGGCGGUGGCAGGCCGAGCUGUUGAUCCAACCCGUGCACCUGCCGGCCCGGUUCCGGUGGGUGGUUCCACUCCGGUGGGAGGGAACAUGGGGGGUGGCCUGUUGCCACAAGGCAAUGUUCUACCGCAGCCACCACCGGCUGCCCCCGGACCACCACCGGCUGCUCCUGGACCGCUGCCUGCAGGCGCUUCGGUGGGAGGGAACAUGGGAGGUGGUCCGUUGCCACAAGGAAAUGUCCCAUCGCAGCCACCACCGGCUGCUUCUGGGCCAUCACCGGUUGCUCCUGGACCGCUGCCCGCAGGCCCGUCUCCGGCUCCUGACAAUCCGCCUCCGCAGCCACUUGCUGCUUCGCUCUCCCAGCCACAGGCUGCCGUCCCACCCUUGCAGCCAUCUGCUGCCCUGCCUCUACCACAGGGUAAUGAUGUUGAUGGGGCUGUUGUUGCAGUGCUCCACGGAGACCCCAAUAACGACGGAGGUUUUACAGAGGCCCCUCCGCCGACGGAACAACAAUCUGGGAGAGAGGAGACGAUGCUUCCCGAAAUACCGUCCCAGUUGGUGCAGAGAAGGAAGGGACUUACGGGCGGUCCAAGAACACAGCAACCAGGACCGUACGAUCGUCCGGCUGAAAAUCGGAGAACAUCAUCAGAUACGGCAAAUCUACAGCAGUCCCCUGGUCAGAUAUGGCCGAUGCGGCCUUGGGGCAGGUGGCAUCGGUGCGAGGGAGCCACGACUCUCAGGAUGUCAGAAAUGAAGAGGUGGAGUGUGAAAGGACGGCCCAACCGGCCAGAGCACAAGUUUUUCCGGGCUCCCUUCUAGAAGCCCUCGCUGCAGGCCAGCCCUGGGUAGUUGUUCCGCUGGUGUUCACUGCAGUCGAUGGCCAACUUCAGCUCCUCACAGCGGUGUCUGCAAAUGGGCCUCUUAUGAUCCCUCACUUUGAGUUGCACGAAGACCCGGGGUCUGAGGUCGUCAUCAGAGAAGUGGGUAAGUGGUUAUCUCCGACAUUCAAGAUUAGACCCUUCCCGGAGAUGGAGUGGAUUAGACUUACAGCGACUAAUGAUCAGGGACGGACUGACAUCCUGAUUUUUCCUAUCAUCGAUGCAAUAAUCAAUCCGUCGGCAACCU